AUGACCGAAAACAACAACAAUAACAACAACCUCUUCAAUAACGACGCUUCCAUGCUAGACAUCCAUGACAACGACGACGUCCAACAACAUGAUAAUGCAAACUUGACUCAAUCAUUCUCCGCUAUGAACGUCGAUAGUCCCAAUGAACUCGAGGGCGAAGCCGACAACACUACAAACGAAUUGAUACCACAACCAGACUUACUACCGGAUGCAACAACACUUCCACAACAACAAGGGAGACAUCAUAGAUCCGCUUUGAUAUUCGACGAGGAUGAAGAUGAAAUACCUCCUUACACAAACCAUAACGAGCAUGGUGCAGGCUCACUCUCGGAUUCUGCUUCGGAUUCGGACUCUGAUUUAAGUUCAGUGAGCAGUAAUUCCAACAUGCAGCAACAACAACAACAGCAACAACAGCAACAACAAACUCCCGCUCCUGUUGCACCUGCUCCCACUCCCACUACCAAUCCUACCAACUCCACACGUUCAAAUAUGGUCCCAGUCGAUAUCACUUGGCAACAAGGCGGGAACAAAGUGUACGUCACAGGAUCCUUCACAGGUUGGAGGAAAAUGAUUGGCCUAGUACCCAUGCCCGAUCAACCAAACAUCCUGCAUGUCAAAUUACAAUUACCACCGGGAACACAUCGAUUUAGAUUUAUCGUGGAUAAUGAAUUAAGAUUCAGUGAUUAUUUACCCACUGCGACGGAUCAAAUGGGUAAUUUCGUUAAUUAUUUGGAAAUUAAUGAACCACCGUCAUCGAACACCGCCCCAACCACCAACACACAACAACAACCUGUGAUCCAACAACAAGAACAAUUCACACAAUCUUUAAACGACGACAAUAAAUUAAGAGAUAAACCAAUAAGUGCCCGUUCCAGAAUCGCUUUGGAAAUUGAAAGAGAACCGGAUGAUAUAGGUAAUGGAUUUACCCGUUUCCGUGGCGAAACACCACUAUUGAAAAAUAUCGAAUAUACACAGGAUAUCCCAGCCGUUUUCACAGAUCCAACGGUAAUGGAACAAUAUUAUUUAACUUUGGAUCAACAACAAAAUAAUCAUCAAAAUAUGGCAUGGUUAACACCACCACAAUUACCACCACAUUUGGAAAAUGUUAUCUUAAACAGUUAUUCCAAUUCACAGGGAACAAAUAAUGAAAAUAAUUCAGGGGCUUUACCAAUACCAAAUCACGUAAUAUUGAAUCAUUUGGCAACAAGUAGUAUUAAACAUAACACUUUAUGUGUCGCAUCCAUAGUCAGAUACAAGAGGAAAUAUGUCACACAAAUACUUUAUGCCCCCUUGCAAUAA